CGCCGCUUCGUCUGCCGCACUCGCCGCCGCCGGAGCCCGACUGAAAUCACAGACACGGGCCUUCCUCGCCAGCAUCCCUCCAUCCAGCGCUCGUUCCCAGGGGAGGGGGGAGUAGCCGAGGACCUGUCUGGAACCACGACGAAGUUGUCGGACGUCCAGCGCUUGUGUUUCAGGGGGUUCUCCUCUUCGGCUGAACUGAGGGCAUCAAACUUGCAGCAAUGGAAAGAAAGCGUCCAGGCAUGACCUCAGGGGCACGGAUGCCCCAUCAAGGCGCUCCCAUGGGGCCUCCUGGACCUCCAUAUGGAGGAACGCCGCCGAUUCGCCCAGGGAUGCCUAACCCAGCCCUAGACCCAAACCGAAAACGUCCUGCCCCAAACCAGCCAGUGCAGCCUCCCCCUGUCCAGAACCGUCCCAGAAAGAAACCACUUGGAUUUCCAGCAGCAAAUGAGAUAUCUGCAAGACAGAUGGACAUGAGAGACGCCCAAUCAGAUCCUUCAAUUGGAUCCUUCAAUGCCAAGAGAAGAAAAAUGGCAGACAAGAUUCUCCCUCAGAGGAUCCGUGAACUGGUGCCAGAGUCCCAGGCUUACAUGGACCUUUUAGCUUUUGAGCGCAAACUUGACCAAACCAUUAUGAGAAAGAGGGUAGACAUACAAGAAGCCCUCAAAAGACCAAUGAAGCAAAAGAGGAAGCUACGAUUGUACAUUUCGAACACUUUCAACCCUGCCAAACCUGACGCAGAGGACUCAGAGGGCAGCAUUGCAUCCUGGGAGCUGCGUGUAGAGGGCAAGUUGUUGGAUGAUCCUGGAAAACAAAAGAGGAAGUUUUCGUCUUUCUUUAAGAGCCUUGUUAUUGAGCUGGAUAAGGAUCUGUACGGCCCUGACAACCACUUAGUGGAGUGGCACCGCACUGCAACGACCCAGGAGACAGAUGGCUUCCAGGUGAAGAGGCCUGGUGAUGUGAAUGUGCGCUGUACCCUCUUGCUCAUGCUGGAUUACCAGCCUCCUCAGUUUAAGUUGGAUCCUCGCCUUGCACGUCUUCUUGGCAUCCACACUCAAACUCGCUCCUGCAUCAUCCAGGCUUUAUGGCAGUACGUCAAGACCAACAAGCUGCAGGAUUCUCAUGAAAAGGAGUACAUCAACUGUGAUAAAUAUUUUCAGCAGAUCUUUGAUUGUCCUCGUCUGAAGUUUUGUGAGAUCCCUCAGCGACUAACCAACCUACUACUCCCGCCUGAUCCUAUCGUGAUCAAUCAUAUCAUCAGUGUGGAUCCAAAUGACCAGAAGAAGACAGCCUGCUAUGACAUUGAUGUUGAAGUGGAUGAUCCUCUGAAGAGUCAGAUGAAUGGUUUCCUGCUGUCUACCGCCAAUCAGCAAGAGAUUGCAUCCCUAGACAACAAGAUCCAUGAAACUAUCGAGUCCAUCAACCAACUGAAGAUUCAAAGAGAUUUCAUGCUUAGCUUCUCCAGGGACCCCAAGGGCUACAUCCAGGAUUGGAUCUGCUCCCAGAACCGAGACCUUAAGCUGAUGACAGAUACAGUUGGAAAUCCAGAGGAAGAGAGAAGAGCAGAGUUUUAUAACCAGCCCUGGUCUCAGGAAGCUGUCAGCCGCUACUUCUACUGCAAGAUUCAGCAACGAAGACAGGAGCUUGAACAAGCUUUGGCAAUGCGAACAACCUAAAAUAUCUCAUUUUCAUAAAGAAGUUGACAACUAGUUUGCCUCACCUGUGGCUUGGUCACUUUUAUUCUGGUGGUCUCCACACCUGGGCAGUUUUCCAUGGAAAUGAAAGUAUUAGUUCCCUUCUCAAUAUGAGGUUUGGACUGAUUUUAAUCAAGGAGGGUCAAUGAAAGUGUAAUUGUAUUCUUAUUUAAUGUAUGUUUACUGUACAGUUGAAUGUAUAUAACCUCACAGUACAAUGAAUUUAAGAAAGUCGGAAAUGCCACUUUCACACUGAUUACACACAAAUACAGCAGCUAUAGGAAUUGUUUUUUCAUCAGUUUUUUGAUGCACGUUAAGUGCAGAUACACUGUGUGUCUUCUGACUUGAAAAGUAGAAAAUACAAUGAAUGAAACUUUUAUGCCUGGGAAAUUUUGUAACUAUUAAUGACAUGCUAAAUGCUAGUAUGUACGUAUCGAUGUUGAAUCUGUCACGUUUUUCUACAUGUUUUGUCACGUUCUGCUUUUAGCUUUCUUCUUUGUUUUUCUGUCAUUUAAUUUGCACUGUGCAAAAGAUAUCACAAAGACAUCCACUGGAUGAAAAUCUGCCAACUUUAUUUGCAAUAAGUGACAUUUAUUGUCAUCAUUUUAACACUUUAAAGAAAACACUUCAUGCUACGACAAGGUGAAUCAUUCUGAUUUGUGUUUACGAUACCAAUUUUUGUGUAUUGUUAAAAAAAUUCAAAAAUGAUUGUUCAUAAGCAGUGUUUAUAAAAAAAAUGUUUGAAAACAAUUUUCAGAGGCUUUUAAUGCCAGUAAAACAAAAUAUGUUCUAAGUAUAUUGUGUGUUGAUGAAUACAGUAUCGCAUGUUGCAUGUAAAUUUUUUUUUGUUUUUGUUUUUUAGGAGUUUCUUUUUUUAGCAUGAUUUCGAAAUGUUUUGGAUCUUUGCUGCCUUAUUAAAUCACUGAUAUGCACAGGAAGCAUUAACCAAAGGUUACGUACGGUUACAUCAUCUUUGUGAAUGCUGAUAAAUUACUUAAUUUUACUGAAUAUUCCAUCACACUAGUUGAUGGCAUUUGUAUACAUGUGGCCUAAGAUGUGCUUAAUGCACAGAUGAGAAAUAAAUCUGGUACUCGUGAAUGUCAAGAGGUGCAUUGACCCCUUUACCUUUUAAAAAGACAUUCUUAAUGUGUUAUGUAUUUUAUUUAAAUAAGCGUGUCUGUUAUGGACAUUUUGAAAAAGAUUAAUAAAAUAAACACAAAUUCAUGAUUAAUAUCAUUGUUAAUCCAGUUCACAAAAGCAGUCUGAACGGUCAUGAAUCGUCACCUUAUUCAGUUUCAUUACACACACUGAAUUAUGUGUUUAUGUACAUUUAAAAUAAAGAAAUCUCUUUUUUUGUCACCGGGGUUUUGCGAAAACGUGAUUAAAUAUUGAUCAAAUUUUA